UCGUGACGUCACCGGAAGCCCGCCUGACCGCCAUAUUUGUUGUCAUGCGAGAGUACCUUUGUUUACCACUCUGCUACCGGCCGUGUUGUUAGUUGUAGUCCAAUUAUUAUAGUCCCAGCGGGUAAGAACAGGGUAAUUGUUGGUUUGGGUGUGUGUGCGUAGGGUGGCUGAGAGGUGCAGCGUCCUGUGAAUCGCGAAGGAGAGCUGUGUUCCUCUCAGCAAUUGUGACAUGGUAUUGAGUCUCUGUUCGCCCGUCAAUAUUGCUGGCAAAUUUGGUAUCGGUAUAAACUUUGAAGGUACUUAGUGAAUUCCGUGUCUAGAAAGUAUGUGAAAUUAUGCAUAAAUUAGUUGAACUGUGAAGAGUAUUGUGGCUGGACACCGAAGAGUUGUGGUGGUGGUGGUGGUCCCUUUGGCUGCCUGCUGAGUGACCGCUGCUGUGCCAAGCUGGGCCAAGUGUCACCCGCUGGAUCACUUGUGGAUAUAGGGCAGCACAUCAAUUCAGGAGUAUGGAUGCCAGUAGAACUUUAGGCAUGACAUCGGCCAUUAGCUUGGCCAAGCCAAAAGCCUCUGACCUAGAGCAUACCAGGGAGCUGUCUGAAUACCUUAAGGAGGCUGGCAUGUUUGAGGAAGAUUCUGAGCUCAAUCACAGGUUUGAGGUGCUGGGAAAGCUGAAUACAUUAGUAAGGACUUGGAUUCGAGAUAUCAGCAUAAAUGUCAAGAACAUGCCACCACAGAUUGCUGACACUGUUGGAGGUAAGAUCUGCACUUUUGGUUCCUACCGUCUGGGAGUGGCUGGCAAGGGUGCUGACAUUGAUGCCUUGUGUGUGGCUCCAAGACAUAUAGAGCGCACAGAUUAUUUCUCCAGUUUUUAUGAACUUCUCAAAGAACAGCCGGAAGUCACAGAAAUGAGGGCUGUGGAAGAGGCAUAUGUUCCUGUCAUCAAAAUGAAAUAUGAAGGCAUUGAAAUUGAUCUUUUGUUUGCCCGGUUAGCUCUUAAGGAAGUCCCGGACUCUGUUGAUCUUAAAGAUGAUACAAUUCUCAAGAACUUAGAUGAAAAGUGUGUACGCAGUCUUAAUGGUUGCCGAGUAACCGAUGAAAUUCUUCGGCAAGUUCCCAACAGAGAAAGCUUUCGCUUGGCUCUCAGGGCUGUUAAACUAUGGGCAAAACGUCAUGGUGUAUACAGCAAUGUUCUUGGUUAUCUUGGAGGUGUGUCAUGGGCCAUGCUGGUGGCUAGAACUUGUCAACUUUACCCAAAUGCUACAGCUUCCACUUUAGUUGAAAAAUUUUUUCUUGUCUUCUCUAAGUGGACUUGGCCGGCACCAGUAUACCUGAAGCAACCAUAUGAUGCAAAACUCGGGUUUAAGGUUUGGGAUCCGCGGGUGAAUGUUCAAGACAGGUUUCAUUUGAUGCCAAUCAUAACACCAGCAUAUCCCCAGCAAAAUUCCACCUUCAAUACUUCACAGUCCACCCGAGCAGUGAUGGUAGAGGAAUUCAAAUCAGGCCUACAGAUCACUGAGGACAUCAUGCUGGGGAAAGCCACAUGGGACAAACUCUUUCAACCUCCAAAUUUCUUUAUGAAAUACAGACAUUAUCUGGUGGUGAUUGCUGUAGCUCGCACACCAGAAGACCACCUUGAGUGGUAUGGUCUGGUUGAGUCCAAAAUCAGACACUUGAUCUUAAGCUUGGAGCACAACACAGCAAUAAAGACAGUUCACAUCAACCCUGCAACUUUUAGUUGUCGGGUAGAAGAAUACUUGGGAAAACCCCAUUCUUCUUGGUUCUUGGGGGUAGAUUUUAACAAAUCAGAAAACGUGAACAUUGACUUAACCAAUGAUAUAAAUAUAUUUGUUGAAGUAGUGUACAAACAGAGCACCUACAACAAGGCUUACAAGGAUGGAAUGGAAGUAAAUUGCAAGUAUGUUAAGCGGAAACAGCUAACAAACUACCUAUCCUUGGAAGACCUAGAAAAAUAUAAACCUAAGACAGAAAAUCAGCCACGUCACAUAGGACAAAAGAGGAAGUCAGAUCCCAUAGCACCAGACUCUCCCAGCAGAGAAAGUCCAGAGCCUACAAAGAAAGCUAAAAUUGACUCUGAUCUACCUCAGGCGAGUUUGAAUGGCGAUGACUCUAACACCUCCAUAGAUGAAGCAUACUCCAAUUCAUCCUUACCUGGACUAACUCCAGAAAUAAAUGCUAGCCAGAUGACCUGCCAAGACUCCGCUUCCCCAGCACACUCUCCAAACACAUUAGUUCCUGAGAUGUUGCCUUAUCUACACCAGCAUCCUGCUCUGCCACAUCACCUGUAUUUUCUCCAAAGUGAUUCCAGCUCUCAUUUGCCUUCAUCAUACCAUGAUCAGUCAACUUUUCAGCAUGAUCAGCAUGUUAAUCCCCCUGAAUUUCAGUAUCAUAGGCAAGACUUUCAUGAUCAUCAGUUGCAAAAUUUUAAUGAAAAUUCAAAGAAUGCUUUAUUGUUUCAAGUUCAGUGUUAUCCAACAUUUCCCACAUCUCAGAAUCACUCCCCAAAUAAUGCAAUGAAUAAUGUCCAAAUGGUCAGAAUGCCUCUAGAUUCCUCUCCAUUAAAUGUAGCACAUCAGGAAAAUAAUGAUUUUUCUAGUCCCAUCAUUCAACUUCAGACAUUCCACAUGCCUCAGUUUCCUCAAAAUAUGACAAGCCAUCCUCCUCCUGUAGCUUUCUCUAUGCCAUACCCUAAUAGUCAACAAAAUUCACAUGAUAAAUCUUGUUCCACUCCACCAUCCUAUGGAAGCACAAGUAUCCCACCUGCUUCAUCCUUUUUGAGCCCUUGCUCUAAUUUUCACUGCUCAACUCCACUUUCUGUUGCUAUGCACCAAAACAGAAUCCCUUUUCAACAACCUAGAUCAUACCAUCCAUCCAAUUCACAUAACAAUUCCAAUACAGCUUCUUCACAAUUCAGUCAUAACAUUAACCACAACCACCAUCAUCAUCACAGUGCAAGCCAACCUCAAAGACAAAGCCAACAAAGCUCCAGCACCACCUGCUUGUCAUUUUCAAGGCGAGUGGUGAAGCCAUCUCAGCUGGAUUUGGCAAGGCAGCGGCUAUCAAGUGUUGAACUUCCUGAUGUCCUCACUCCUGAGCCACCUCAACUGGCUCCUUCAUCUGGCAGUUUUGCAAUUCACUUCAAAUAGAAACUUUGGAAAGGAAGAACUGUUCAGACCAUGAAUUCUUGGAAUGCAGCUGUUGCAGUAGUAAAGUUAUUUUUGAGAUUGUCGUAAGAUCUUAGCAGAUGUAUGAGGUCCAGUUGAACCCUUUUAUUAUUUAUGAACUUGUCAGACUUGCUAUACAGUGGCAAAAUAAUUGUAGUAAUAUUUACUUCACUGACCACAAAUUAUUUCUUUAUCAGAAUCAGGCCAACAUUAUUUUUAUUUGAAAAAUACUUGGGAGCAUGUAAUUUUUCAGUUUCUCAAAUUUUCUCAGUAAGUAAAAUCCCACAAACAACUACAGGGAAUAAACUUUCAUGUAUCAUAUGAUUUCAGAUGUAUUGCCCAUAGUAUUCCAGGAGUCUUAACUUAAAUUCAGAAGUUGAACUCUAGGAAAAUAAUAGCUAUUCUGAUAAAGAAAGCUUAAAAAAAAAAAAGCUGUGUGAUUGGAAUAUUCUCUUUUGGAGGCAACACCCAGCAUGAGAUCAUAAGAAACAGAAUAGAAAAGACACUGAUGAAAAUAAUGACUAGUUAACACAACCAUCUAAAAGUAACAGAUGGCACCAAACAAGAGGAGAUUAAGAAUGCAGCAUUAAGUCACAGUAAAACAGCUCACUGGUUACAUGCAACAUUUUAUCAGUGAAGAUGUAACUUUAGGUUGCUAUUCACAAAAUAAACAGGGGACACUGCUGGAAGGUGUUGUUCAGAUGACUGGUGGAAGUGGAACUUUAGUUACCAAUGGGAGAUGAUAUCUGAAAAUAAAUAGAGGCUCAAGAAGAUCCAGAACCUUCCAGAGUAUUGGAAAAGAAGCAAGGUCAACAUAAACUAUAAUUUCUUAUGAGAUAUCUAUAUAUAAAAGAAUGGUCAAACAUGGGUUGUAGCAUUUAUGAUGCGCAUUUUUUUGUAUGUGAAGGUUAAAUUUUAUGCUUCAUUUUUAUUGGAGUACAAUCUUAGACUAAAUUGUAUUUU